AUGCCUCCCCGCCCUCAGAAGAAGACCUCCGUCAAACCGGCGUCGGCGAGCGUUGUGCCGCCCCAAGAUGAGCCUAUGGAGUCCAGGUCGAGGGGAGACGCCGAAGCAUCCGAAGAGGGUCGAGUGGAGGUAGUAGUGCCAACGGUUCAUGUGGCGGGAGCGGUGUCGCGGAGCACGACGCGCUCCGAUGCGGAGGUCCGCAGCGAGGUCUCUGCCGCGUCGAGCAAGCUGCGUCACGGUCAGACGGAGCUAUCGCUCCCAGACCAGGCCCCUGUGAAGCGGGCCAAGCACGACGAGCCAGCCUCGGUCGUCGAUGACAACAACAUGUGGCAGCCGGAGGUGAACACGCCGUGUCUUCAGUGCAAGACCGCAAAGAAGGGGUGCCAGCCACCCGUCGCCCGAGGCAAGGCCACAGCAUGCCACAAUUGUGCACGCAGCAAGAAGCUGUGUUCGCUCGCGAACGCCACACCGCUGUCGCGCGAACUGUAG